AUGGCUUUUGGUGGAACGAUGUUGUGUAGUUUAGUAGCUAUUUCAGUAAUUUUUGGUGUUGCUAAUGCCAAUAGUGGAUGGGAUUCCGCCCGUGCAACCUUCUACGGCCCAUCCGAUGCCAUUGAUGGAAUGGGUGCAGCAUGUGGAUACACGAACGUAAUCGAGCAUGGGUACAGCCAGGAGACGACGGCUCUAAGCACCGCCCUCUUCAACGACGGCGCGGCCUGCGGGGCGUGCUUCCAAAUCAUGUGCGUGAAUGCCCCGCAGGCCUGCAAGAAGGGCACGAUCCGCGUGACCGCCACCAACUUGUGCCCUCCGGACUACACCAAGGACCAUGACAUAUGGUGCAAUCCUCCUCAGAAGCAUUUCGACCUAGCCAGACCGAUGUACCUCAAGAUCGCCGAGUACAAGGCCGGGGUGGUCCCAGUCUUGUACCGCCGCGUCAAGUGCGGGAAAAAGGGCGGGGUCAAGUUUGUGAUGGGCGGGAACAAUUACUGGACAAUCAUCCUCGUGUACAACGUCGGAGGCGUUGGGGAUGUCACGUCUGUGCGGGUCCGAAGCUCUGGCUCAUCCGACUGGGUUCCAAUGAGCCGGAACUGGGGCCAAAACUGGCAGAUCACUCAGAGCCUACUCGGAAAGAGGCUCUCUUUUGAGGUGACCGCUAGUGAUGGCUCAGUCAUUCAAGAGACUGAUGUGGUUCCAUCCAAUUGGCAAUUUGGGAUGAGUUUUGAGGGCAAACAUAAUUUUGAUUAG